AUGGGGUUGACCCCCUUUGAGAUUAUGUAUGGCAACACUCCUUCUAUGAUCCCUAGCCUUCAGACUGACUUGGUUGCUGAAAUAGAUGAUCAGGAUGUGAUUUAUGUCUUGCAGAAACUCCAGACUGUUUAUAAAGCAAUGUGGCCCAAGCUUAAGGCCUUGUAUGAAUCUGCUUCUGUGCCUACCCCACAUUUGUUUAGACCAGGAGACUGGCUUCUUCUCCUUGUCCAGUCUUUGGCUGGCCCUAUCUGCUUUUCUACAAUGAAGCACCUUGCACACAUGGAUGGAGAUGCCAUGAUUGCUGCAUUUUUCCCUCUCUACACUUUGGGACUAGAUCAAAGUAACAGCGAUGCUUCUGGGCAUGAAGAUAGCAACCCUUCCAGUAUUCCUAUAUACAAUACCCUGGGUAACAAAAUCAACAACUGUGACAUUGGGGAAGAGCUGGUCAUAAGGAUUUCCAUCAAGAAUUACCAGUUUGUUUUGGCCUUGGCUUUUGCUGUUGAAGAGAUCAACAAAAACCCUGAUCUUUUACAUAACUUGACUCUAGGAUUUGAUAUCUAUGAUAUCCAAUAUGGAACAUCGACCUUAUAUAAAAAUCCCUUCAUUUGCCUCUUUGGGAAAUACAAGAUUCCAAACUAUAACUGUAUGAGAGAGAGCAAGUCUAUGGCAGUCCUUACAGGACCUUCAGGAGCAAUAUCUUCCCUGAUUGGGACACUGCUGGACAUAUACAGGUUUCCGCAGCUUACUACUGGGCCUUUUGAUCAUAACCUGAGAGACAAGAACAAGUUUCCUGGUCUCUAUCAGGUGGCCCCAAAGGACACAUCGAUAGCCACUGCCAUGGUCUUAUUAUUGCUUCACUUCAGCUGGAAUUGGGUGGGAUUCAUAUCCUUACAGGAUGAGAAUGAUUUGUGGAUUCUUCCUGCAUUGAAAGAAGAGAUGGCCAGGAAUAGAGUUUGUGUGGACAUUGAGCUAUUAUUUCCAAAACAGGCUUUAAAUGUUUUCAAUUUCAUGGGAAGUUAUAACCAGAUAAAUAAAUCUUUAGCAAAUGUCUUCAUCAUAUAUGCUGAUAAUGAAUUCCUAAAUCAUGUAAUGAUAUGUGUUGAACAAUUUUUAAUGAAAGGCAGAGUUUUUAUCAUGAACACAAAGGGUGACUCAGUCUUGAGGAAAAGAUAUUUUAUUCUAGGUUCACUGCAUGUAUAUCUCAUUUUUACACACUAUCACCCAGAGGUUUCUGGAUUCACAAAUUUUGUCAAUGCAGUUAAGCCUUCCAAAUAUCCAGAAGACUAUUUCCUUGCUAGGCUGUGGUUUCUCUCUUUUAAUUGCUCAGAUUCUGAAUCUGACUGUGUCAUAUGGGAAAGUUGUCCUCAUAAUGCCUCCUUGGGUUGGCUGCCUGGGCACAUUUUUGAUAAGACUAUGUCUGCAGACAGCUACAACGUAUACAACACUGUGUAUGCUGUGGCCCAGGCUCUCCAUGAGAUGCUUCAUCAUCAAACAGAAGUACAAACAAUGGAAACGAGAAAAUGGGCCGUGCCUUCCCCUACAAAGUUGCAUCCUUUUCUGAAGAACAUGCAAUUUAACAACCCUGCUGGAGAUCAAGUGUUUUUGCAUGAUGAAAAGAAAUUGGAGCCAGAGUUUGAUAUUGUGAAUAUUUGGAAUUUUCCAGAAGGUCUUGAACUUAAAGUGAAAGUAGGAAAGUUUUCUCCAUAUACUCUACAAGGCCAUCAACUAUUUUUAUCUGAAGAUAUGGUACAGUGGGCCAUAGGAACUACAGAGCCUCCUCACUCUGUCUGCAGUCAGAGUUGUCAUCCUGGAUUCAGGAAAUCCCCUCAGGAGGGAAAGGCUGCCUGUUGUUUUGAUUGCACUCCUUGUUCAGAAAAUGAGAUGGCUAAUGAGACAGACAUGGAGCAGUGUGUGAAGUGCCCAGAUCAUCAGUAUGCCAACACACAGAGAAACCAGUGCCUCCAAAGAGCUGAAAGUUUCCUGGCUUAUGGAGAACCCUUGGGGAUAGCCUUGGUCUGCAUGGCUCUUUGUUUAUCUACACUCACAGCACUUGUUUUUGGAGUCUUUGUGAAACAUCAGAACACCCCCAUUGCCAAGGCGAAUAACCUGGCUCUCAGCUAUAUCCUGCUUAUCUCCCUCAUCUUCUGUUUUCUCUGUCCCUUGCUCUUUAUUGGCCAUCCCAAAACAGCCACCUGCAUUCUACAGCAAACAACAUUUGGAGUUGCAUUCACUAUAGCUGUUUCAGCUAUCUUGGCCAAAACAGUAACUGUGGUUCUGGCUUUCAAGGUCACUUUUCCAGGGAGAAGGAUGAGGUGGCUGCUGGUUUCAGGGGCUCCUAACUUAAUCAUUCCCAUCUGCACUCUGAUACAGGUAACUCUCUGUGGACUCUGGCUGGGAACCUCUCCUCCCUUCAUUGACACAGAUGUGCACUCAGAACCUGGCCACAUCAUCAUCCUGUGUAACAAUGGCUCCCUCAUUGCUUUCUAUGGUGUCUUAGGAUACCUGGUUUUCCUGGCCCUGGCCAGCUUCACUGUGGCUUACUUGGCCAGGAACCUGCCUGACACCUUCAAUGAAGCCAAGUUCCUGACCUUCAGCAUGCUGGUGUUCUGCAGUGUGUGGCUCACUUUCCUCCCUGUCUACCACAGUGCCAAGGGGAAGGUCAUGGUGGCUACAGAAGUUUUCUCCAUCUUGGCUUCCAGUGCAGGGCUCCUAGGCUGUAUCUUUGCCCCCAAGUGCUACAUCAUUUUGUUGAGGCCAGAUAGAAAUGUUCUGCCUGGCCUUAGGGACAAAACACACACCAGGUGA